CAUUAUGGCGAUCCUUUCGACACUUCAGUCGAGGAAGUACGUGGCCUUGUGAAGCAGCACAUUGUAAGCUUCGAUUACUUUGUCAACGAAGAAAUCAAGACGAUAAUGCUUGCUAAUCAAAAGAUCACCAGUGAUGCUAAUCCAAAUUUUUAUUUAAAAUAUCUUGAUAUACGAGUGGGGAAGCCUUCAAGUGAGGAAGGAUUGAAUCAGAUUCACGACAAGAUCACACCGCAAGAGUGUAGACUCAGAGACAUGACAUAUGCUGCUCCCAUUAUAAAACAUUAUUUAAUGUCGCACUGUAGAGUACAUCGUGGUACAUCAAGCGAAUUAUGCAAGCGCGAUCUGACAAUUGGACGGAUGCCUAUAAUGCUGAGAUCGAGCAAAUGCAUAUUAAAAGACCUGGCUGAGGAAGAGCUUGCGCGUGUACAGGAGUGCCCGUACGAUCCCGGAGGUUAUUUUAUUGUGAAGGGAUCGGAGAAGGUUAUCCUCAUUCAAGAGCAGCUCUCGAAGAACAGGAUAAUGAUAGGCAGGAACUCUAAUAAAGAUCUCCAGUGUGAGGUUCUCUCGUCCACUGCUGAGAAAAAGAGUAAAACGUAUGUGAUUGCUCGCAGAAAUAGAUAUUGGUUACGUCAUAAUCAGCUAAAUGAUGACAUCCCUGUUGCAAUUGUGUUCAAGGCCAUGGGUGUAGAAUCCGACUACAAUAUCAUCAGUGCUAUUGGUUUGGAAGAGAAG